AUGGUUAACAAAUGUGUUGUCACAAACUGUAAAACUGGUUACUCUACUGGUCCAAAAAAGUCUACAUUUCAUUUUCCUGAAGAAAGCAGUUUGCGAGAACGAUGGAUAUAUUUUGUCAAUAAAAAAGAUUGGCUUCCAUCUAAAUACUCUGCUCUUUGUAUUGAUCAUUUCGAGGAUAAAUUUAUUAAAUAUGGGAAAAGAUGCACCAUGAAAUGGGAUCUCCAACCUGUUCCAACUAUUCACACAGAUAAAAAAAGUAGUUCAUCAACUUUAAGGGUGCCAAAGUUGCCUAGAAAAGAACCAACUUUAAGAUACUUGGGAAAAGAUGAGUUCAGUGAUUUUCAAAAUAUUGAUAAAAUAAUUAGUCUUAAUUCGUUAAAAGAACAGCAUUGCCCACCAGGAUUUACAUUUAAGAAACUUCAUGAUAGUGUUGUUUUCUAUAAACUCUGUUUUGAUGAAAUAUCAGGUAUACCAACUGUGUUUGAGUCAAUAACAGUUAAUAAAGAUUUUAAUGUUUCAUUGUCGUAUAAAGGAUAUCAUAUUUCUUUACCUGAAUGGUUUAGCAGUGGUCAUAAUUGCAAAUUAACAAACUGUAGUAUGAUAGAAAAUUUUCCUGCCCAUAUUCGAAAUAAAGCUAAUGCUUUUAAUUCAAUUUUGACAGAGCUAAAUGAAAUAAGAUACUAUUCUCCAUAA